GUUGCGUUUCACAUACUUCUUAGUCAUGACACCAUAACAGGAGAAUGUCGCACUCUAUCAGAAACUGCUUUCACUCUUCAAGGUUACAUACUGAUGAAUGUCAAGAGCCUUUUGAAGAUCCUCCUCGCUACCUUACUCACUGCGAGUACAUUGAUGGCCUCGCCCAACCCUUUAUCGGAAACUGAAUUACUCAAAAGCCCAGACGUGAUCUCUUUGGUGACCCGAGAUCGAACCGAUCAUACGAAGUGCCAGACAGGCGAGCGGCCUAUAUCCACGACUAAGUUUGGCAGGGUAAAAUGUAGUGGAAGCACAAGCAUCUCGGCAUCGUACUUGUGGAAAUUCUAUGGCACAGUGGGCAUCAUGUGGGCUUUAGAAAUAGCCUGA